GUGGUGAAGAAGCCGAGUACCUACACUCUUACUCCUGGUCAACUGCAAGCUGUUUCAGAAAUUAUUUGGGAUUUAGAGAGGCCAGUUCCAAUGAAUCGGCUACUGCAGGGUGAUGUUGGAUGUGGGAAAACUAUUGUUGCUUUUCUUGCAUGCAUGGAGGUUAUUGGUUCUGGCUAUCAUGUUGCUUUCAUGGUUCCAACUGAGUUGCUUGCAAUCCAGCAUUAUGAACACUUGCUUACCUUGCUUGAAAACUUGGGUGAGGCCGAGUUCAAGCCGACUGUUGCUUUACUCACUGGUUCAACCCCACUAAAACAAUCGUGGAUGAUUCGUAAGGGUAUCCAGACUGGAGAAAUUUCAAUGGCCAUUGGAACCCACAGUUUGAUAGCAGAAAGUGUGGAAUUCUCAGCCUUAGGUAUUGCUGUGGUGGAUGAGCAGCAUCGCUUUGGUGUGAUUCAAAGAGGAAGAUUUAACAGUAAGUUAUUUUAUAAAUCUACAAUUUCGAGUAUGGAAGAUGAUGCUAUUACGGAUGGGUCGUCAAAGAGUGAUGAUUAUAUGGCUCCACAUGUUCUUGCCAUGUCUGCUACUCCCAUCCCAAGGACACUUGCGCUCACUUUAUAUGGUGAUAUGUCACUGACACAGAUAACCGAUUUACCACCAGGAAGAAUUCCUGUUCAAACAUGCACCAUUGAAGGAAAUGACAAAGGAUUCGAGGAGGCCUACAAGAUGAUGAUGGAUGAGUUGAAAGAUGGUGGGAAAGUUUAUCUUGUCUACCCAAUUAUCGAGCUUUCGGAGCAGUUACCUCAGCUUCGUGUUGCUUCUGCAGAUCUCAAAUCUAUCUCAGACCGGUUUCCAGGAUACAAUUGUGGUUUAUUACAUGGAAGAAUGAGAAAUGAAGAAGAAUCAACCAUAUAACCUUCAGCCUGGGUA